UUUGGGGUUUCCCGGUCUGUUACAGUCCUGUAACAACAGCAAUUGCAGUUUAUUCACCCGAUCGAUCCGAGGAAAAUGUCGGGGGUGGCUGGCAGCGUGCUUAAGGCCCUUAAGCCUCACGUUCCAUUGAUUAAGUUUAGAAAAGGGGGCCGUCCUCUUGCUGGAGGAGUCUUAUCGACGCCAGGAAUGUCAGCCCCUGUAGGCUCGUCGCCCCGUGGCACCGGUAUCGAAGAAGAUGUCAUGCCAAAGAAAUACGCUCGGCUCCAGAUUAACGAGCAUGAAGCCGAACUCAUUAUGAGCGGCGGUGCUUAUUAAAAUGGAUCUGACGUGUAGACAAAAUAUUAACUCUUUGCGAAUCUUUUUAAAGCUACAUUACGUAAAUAAAUAGAUUAACUAAA